AUGUCCUUUCAGAGUGUUUUGAAGAGCGGUGACGAGUUCCUGUCCGAAUACAGGCCUCCGUCUACAAACUCGAGAUUGUUCAACUACCUCUCUCAGAUAACAUGUGUGGCUGUGAUUGCUGGGUCCAAGUUGAUAGUUAAUAUGGUAUAUGAUCCACAGAUAACAGGACUUGAGAAACUUGAUGCGGCUUUGGCGCGUGCGAGGCGGGAAAACAGAGGCUUGAUAACUAUCAUGAACCACAUGUCCGUGGCCGAUGAUCCGUUUCUAUGGGCCACUCUUCCAUGGAGAUACUACAAAGACGUCGAUGACAUUCGCUGGGGACUUGGAGCCGCCAAUCUUUGUUUCAGCAACAAAGUUUUGAGCACGUUUUUCACGCUGGGAAAGGUGUUGAAGACUGAGAGAUUUGGCAGAGGUCCUUUCCAAGGAUCUCUUGAUGCUGCCGUUAGAUUACUCUCGCCUGACGACACGUUGUCGUUGGCGUUUCAGCCAGGUCAGCAGAAUCAAAGUCUGAAAUGGUAUUCACCAUUGUGGAAAAUAUUGCGCACUAAUCAGAGUUCCGCGUUAUCAGUCGAAGCUAAGAAGCUGCUUGGCUAUGGAUUGCAACAGGACUACGUGCAGCCCAUACUCAGAAGAAAGACCUCCUGGGUCCAUAUUUUCCCAGAGGGAUACGUUGCCCAGUUGGAGCCUCCACAUUCGAAUUCCAUGAGAUACUUCAGAUGGGGUACCUCCAGACUCAUUCUCGAGCCAACCGUGGCCCCAAUUGUGGUUCCCAUAUUCUCCCAGGGCUUCGAGCUCAUAUAUCCGGAGUCAAGUGCUGAGGAUGGAAUGGACAGGUUCUUCCCUCAGAAUAGAGGGGCUCAUAUUCGCAUCACCGUGGGCGAUCCCGUUGACGAUUCUGUGAUCGCUGGGUUCAGAGAAAAGUGGAACCAACUAUGCCACAAAUACUACGACAGAGAGUCACCAGGCCAAAUGUCAGAAGAGCUCAAGUUCGGCAAGGAAGCGCGGGCUUUGAGGGCAAAUGUCAGCUCUUUCCUGCGGAACUUGGUCUCCGACUUGAGAACUUCAACUGGUCUACGGGCUGAGGAUCCUCGUCUCAAGACUCACGAAUUUUGGCAUGCAUACACUCAUAGCAAAGGUGUUAGCAGCCCUGAUGUGAAAUUUAUUGGUAAGAACUGGGCUAUCAAGGAAUACCAGAAAAACGUUAAAGACUACGACGAAUUCGGCAACGAGAUUAGCUGA